AUGACAUUAUUCAAUUAUUAUUAUUAUUAUUGUGGAUUAUUUUUGAUCGUAUAUACAAAAUAUCUUUUGGCAAAUAAAUGUAAUGAAUGUGAUGGAAUGAUUUUUAAUGAUUUUCUUACAGCCGACCAUGUUCCACCACCAACUAGAGGUGAUUGUGAAAUAGCAUCAACAGAUGGAAGUUGUUCUGUACGCAUUACAUGGUUUAAACAUAGUGCAACUGAAGUAUAUUACGGUUCAGAUUCACAUAUACCGACUGAUAGUAUUGUAGUUAAAACAGAACGUCGAGUUACAACAUGGUCUGGUGAAUAUGAAACUCGUCGACAUAUUAUUUACAAAUGUAAACCUUCAAAUACAACUCCAUGUAAUACAGUUGAAAAUUUAAAACAAGCUAUUGCCACAGUAACAUUUCCUACUGAUGAACAAAUGAAAAAAUUCGAUACAUUAAUUGUUCCAACAACAGAUUUUGAUGGUCGUUUAUGUUUGAACUUUUCGAAUACAACAAAUUGUAAUAAUAUAAAUCUAGUUAGUUGUCAACAAUGUAUUGGUAUUAUUCAAUAUUCAGAACAUAUCGAUAUUUGUGCAACAUGUCCAGCAAAUAAAGCUCUAGCAAAUUUUCUUGAAUAUGAAACAACAUUUCAAGUUCAUAAUCAAACUCGUUCAGAUGUUAUAAGAUUAGGAUGUCGUAAACGUGGUGCUUGUAAUUCAAUAGAAAAUAUUGAAAAAAUUAAAAAAACAUUAGUGACUCAAUUUGAUUUUCAUAAAUUCUCCUCUUCAACAGCAGCAUCCAUCACAUUAUCAACUACACUUGUUUUAAUUAUGCCAAUUAUAAUGAGACUUGUUCGUUGA